AGCGUCCGGAGCCCUGCGGACCCUACCCCGCGCGUCACUGGCCUCUUACCCUUCACGCGGUAAUGGAGGAGCGAGAGCCUCAGCCCCUGGAAAACGGCGCUACCCUCUGAUUCGUGAGACGGCCUCUUAGCACCCAGUGCCGCCCGAGGCUUGAGCCCAACGUGAAGAACCACAUUUGGAAAAAUCCUUCCUAUGUCUGCAGUAUCAGCUUGGAUUACUCAGGUUAUUCAGGGUUGGGGAAUCUUCAGCAGUGUUAAAUAUAUUACCAUCAACUUAUGGGAUGGCUUCUUUGCAAAGGAAAGGGCUGCAGGCAAGAAUUCUCAGCGCUGAAGAAGAGGAGAAAUUGAAAAGAGACCAGGCUUUAAUGUCUGAUUUUAAACAGCAAAAACUGGAAAAAGAGGCUCAGAAGAACUGGGACCUUUUUUACAAAAGAAAUAGCACUAACUUCUUCAAAGAUAGACACUGGACCACCAGAGAAUUUGAGGAACUCAGAUCAUGUAGAGAGUUUGAAGACCAAAAAUUGACUGUGCUUGAAGCUGGCUGUGGUGUUGGGAACUGUUUAUUCCCGCUUUUAGAAGAAGAUCUGAAUAUCUUUGCCUAUGCCUGUGACUUUUCUCCAAGAGCAGUUGAGUAUGUCAAGCAAAAUCCUUUAUAUGACACAGAAAGAUGCAAGGUGUUCCAGUGUGAUCUAACCAAAGAUGACCUUCUGGAACAUGUGCCCCCAGAGUCCGUGGAUGUUGUCAUGUUGAUAUUUGUCCUCUCUGCUGUUCACCCUGAUAAGAUGCACCUUGUCUUACAAAACAUUUACCAGGUAUUAAAACCAGGCAGAAGUGUCUUGUUUCGUGACUAUGGGCUGUAUGAUCAUGCCAUGCUUAGGUUUAAAGCUGGCAGCAAACUUGGAGAAAACUUUUAUGCUAGACAAGAUGGAACCAGAUCGUAUUUUUUUACUGAUGAAUUCCUGGCUCAGCUCUUUAUGGACACAGGUUACGAAGAAGUGGUGAAUGAAUAUGUGUUUCGUGAGACGGUGAAUAAAAAAGAAGGCCUGUGUGUGCCGAGGGUUUUUCUUCAGAGCAAAUUCCGAAAGUGUCCUAAGAACCCAACACCCUUGACCCUGGACCUGGGUCACAAGUCCUGACCUUUCACAAGGUUGACAUUUGUGCCUCCCCUUGAAGAGGAAAGUUUGAAGUAACUCUAUUUUGUAUAUUUUUAUAUUUUAACUUUUUAAAAAUGAGCAUAUAUAAUUUUUAUAUGAAAAGGUAGCAAGUGUGUGUGUAUAUUACAACAAUGCAAAUAAAAUUUCCAGGCCUGAAAAGUAAAGAAAGUUUGAUGGUAUAAUGUAGUGCAGCCAGGCUGUCUGACUGAAAUUCCACGAAGGGAAAAGCCUAAGCGCUUAAAGAGAUCCUUGCCGUCACUACUGCGAGUCUGUAAGUGUGCCCCCAGGCAGCAUGUCAGACAGCCCUGUGGAAAAAUGAGGCCAAAUAGACUGAAAUAACACAUCCAGAUGUAUUUUUAGCCUGAAGGAUUGUUCUCUUUUUCCAGUGUCUCCUAUUUGCCCGUUUUUCUCCGCUUCAGUUCAUUUGUGUGCCUCUUCAAGACCAGUGUUUCACAAAUACAGCUUUUUCUAUGACUCGAGAACCCA